UUCUUCACUGCCCAUAGAACUGUCUGAAAUGCCUUUGAAGCUCAUAGCCCCUCCGUGCAGAAGAGGUUACCCCUGCCGCAAAUGGAAGUCUGCAUCUUUUGGACCUGACGCAGAGUUUCUCGGAACAGGACCAGCCAUGACACAACAGCAUCUGCAUUUUGUGGAAGCUGAUGCUCCAGGGGGUGAGGUGGGCUCAGUGGACCCCAGCGCCGGGUACUCCUGUGUGCCAGUGACCCACAGCAGGGGCCUGGCUCAGGAGCACCUCGACAGUCACAUCUACGGACGCAUCCUCCUGCCGGGACACCAGAGACCGCGGCGGCCCAAACUACAGCACUCGCAGUCCAUCCUCCGCAAGCAGGCCGAGGAGGAGGCCAUCAAGCGUUCGCGCUCCUUGUCCGAGAGCUAUGAGCUGUCGUCGGAUCUCCAGGACAAACAGGUGGAGAUGCUAGAGCGCAAAUAUGGUGGGCGUUUCAUAACCCGACACGCCGCUCGCACCAUCCAGACAGCCUUUCGCCAGUACCAAAUGAAUAAGAACUUUGAGCGUCUGAGAAGCUCUAUGUCUGAAAACCGUAUGUCGAGACGAAUCGUCCUCUCCAAUAUGAGAAUGCAGUUUUCUUUUGAAGGACCUGAAAAAGUCCACAGCUCUUAUUUUGAAGGAAAGCAGGUGUCACUAACGGACGACGGUACAAAGAUGGGCCCGCUGGUGCAGUCCGAGCGGUCAGGGGACUUGAGUGUUCAGGCCAAAACGCCCACGACGCAAAACGACUUUACAGACGCGAUUACAGAACUGGAGGAUGCGUUUUCAAGGCAGGUAAAGUCUCUGGCCGAGUCCAUAGACGAUGCGUUGAACUGCCGCAGCAUGCACGGGGACGAUGGUCAGUCAGAGCCCAGUAGGGGGCACCAGGAGAGGGAGGUCAGCUGCCAGGUCAAAGCCCCUCUGACCAGCACGGACCACAGGAAACUAGACGAAAUGAGCGCUUCGUACAGUGACGUUACUUUAUACAUAGACGAGGAUGAGUUGUCGCCUCCUUUAGCGCUUUCUCAGUCUGUUGACCGGCCGUCCAGCACCGAGUCCACUCUCCAUCAGCGCUCCCUCAACUCCUCACAGGACUACUGGUCUCACGUUCACAAAGACGAGAAAGGAGAUACAGACACGAGCUGCCGGAGCACUCCUUCUUUAGAGUGUCAGGAGCAGCGUCUCAGAGUGGACCACUUACCUUUACUGACUAUAGAGCCCCCUAGUGACAGCUCAGUAGAACUCAGCGAUCGCUCGGACCGGAGUUCUUUAAAGAGGCAGAACGCUUACGAACGGGGUUUAAGCAAUCAACAAACUAGUCCCAAAAACAUCACGCAUGGACUUCCACCGAGAGGACCGUCGAGAGAAGAGCGUCCGAGGCAACUAGAACCGCACCUGGCCAUCAAUGGGACGGCGAACAGGCAGAGCAAGUCGGAGUCUGAUUUUUCCGAUGGGGAUAACGACAGCAUAAACAGCACGUCAAACUCUAACGAUACGAUAAACUGCAGCUCUGAGUCCAGCUCUCGAGACAGUCUCCGGGAGCAGACCCUCAGUAAACAGACGUACCACAAAGAGACGCGCAACAGCUGGGACUCGCCGGCCUUCAGCAACGAUAUUAUCCGGAAGAGGCACUACCGCAUCGGACUCAACCUCUUCAAUAAGAAACCAGAAAAAGGCAUCCAGUAUCUGAUCGAGAGGAGCUUUGUCCCGGACACACCAGUGGGAGUGGCUCACUUCCUGCUGCAGAGGAAAGGCCUGAGUCGGCAGAUGAUCGGGGAGUUUCUGGGCAACAGACAGAAGCAGUUUAACAGAGACGUCCUAGACUGCGUCGUGGAUGAAAUGGACUUCUCGGUGAUGGAGUUGGACGAGGCGCUCAGGAAGUUCCAGGCUCACAUCCGAGUUCAGGGGGAGGCGCAGAAGGUGGAGCGGCUCAUUGAGGCCUUCAGUCAGCGGUACUGCAUUUGUAACCCCGGCGUGGUCCGGCAGUUCCGAAACCCAGACACCAUCUUCAUCCUGGCCUUCGCGAUCAUCCUCCUCAACACUGACAUGUACAGCCCCAACGUCAAACCAGAACGCAAGAUGAAACUGGAGGACUUUGUCAAGAACCUUCGAGGAGUGGACGACGGAGAGGACAUCCCCCGUGAAAUGCUCGUCGGAAUCUAUGAGCGCAUCAGGAAGCGAGAGCUAAAGACGAACGAGGACCAUGUGUCUCAAGUUCAGAAGGUGGAGAAGCUCAUAGUUGGGAAAAAGCCGAUUGGGUCGUUACAUCAUGGACUUGGUUGUGUCCUGUCAUUACCCCAUCGGAGACUCGUGUGCUACUGCCGACUCUUUGAAGUCCCCGAUCCCAACAAACCACAGAAACUGGGCCUGCAUCAAAGAGAGAUUUUUCUGUUCAAUGAUCUGCUCGUGGUGACGAAGAUCUUCCAGAAAAAGAAAAACUCGGUGACUUACAGCUUUCGACAGUCGUUUUCUCUCUAUGGGAUGCAAGUUCUGCUCUUUGAGAAUCAGUAUUACCCCAACGGAGUCCGUUUAACGUCAGCCAUACCCGGAGCGGAGAUUAAAGUCCUCAUAAACUUUAACGCUCCCAACCCUCAAGACCGAAAGAAGUUUACAGACGACCUGCGUGAGUCCAUCGCAGAGGUGCAGGAGAUGGAGAAGUACAGGAUAGAAUCUGAACUGGAAAAGCAGAAGGGAGUGGUGAGAGUCAGCAUGUCGCAGUGCUCAGGGCUGAAAAAGGACACAGGAAAUGGUAACCUAAGUCGAGCGAGCCUGGAUGACAGCUACGCCAUCGGAGAAGGUCUAAAGAGGAGCGCCCUGAGCAGUUCUCUGCGGGACCUUUCUGAUGCAGGUAAGCGCGGGAGACGCAGCAGUGCAGGAUCACUAGACAGCAAUCUGGAAGGGUCCAUCAUUAGCAGCCCUCACAUGCGCAGAAGACCUCCCUCCAGCCGAGACUGUCCGUCCCGCCACAGCGGACAGACCCUCCCCAACUCCGCGUCCCUGCUGGGGUCUCUGUUCGGGACCAGACGUGUGAAAUCCCCCAGUCCUACGCCCCAGAGCCCACACCCCACCCUCAUCUCGCACACGCCGCACCCCGUGACCCUGCACCACACGGCCCGGGGAGAGCCCGAGGCGGGGGCCCCGGCGCACCCCCACCACGCCCAGUUCUGUCACGUGACGCAGAACCCUCCACCUUAUCACCACCACCACCACUUCCACCCGCCGCCGCACCUGCAGCACCCGCCCCACCAGUUCCACCCGCCGCACCCCCACGGCCAGCACACCCACGGGGGGCACCAAGCACACCCGCACCACCACGGCCCACCCCCGAGCUCCGCACAGGGCGCCGGCAGCACAAAGCCCAAGCACAGCGGCAUCAGCACCGUGGUGUGAGUCCAGAGACAGUAAAGAGGACUGGAACAAGUCGCAGGUACAACUAAGAAUGGAAAAAUAAACCACAGUAGCCGUCGUUGUGCCAAUACAAAAAUGUAAACCAUGUAGAAUCUGUUGAAACGUGUAUUAGUCAACAUAACGAAACGUCCUGAAUAAAAAUAAAAGGACAGUCAGGCCUCUAAAGUACCACCCGAUUCGUCCACUCCUUUUUACUGUCCUGAACGCAGAGGAACUCGGACUGAGCUAUAACUGGACACUUGGACGCGCGGACACUUGGACGCGCGGACACUUGGACGCGCGGACACUUGGACACGUAGACACAUUGCUGGGAGUGGAUGAGACGCAGUGCCUCCCUCAGUAUCUUCAUGAUCCUCUUAAUCUUCAUUUCAGGUGUUAUGUCAGGAAGCUUCUCUACUGCUAUAGCAUGCACAAGACCACGAGUACUGUUCUCCUCAGUAAUAUACACAAAUAUAUUACUAGUACGUCACAAAUGUGAUUAAUAAAUUUUAACUUAUAUGACUAUAUCUAUUCAGGGGAUGGUUUUUGUGAGAGAAAUAGAUGUAUUUCCGAGCACUGUUUCUAAAGCUGAUGCAAUGCCAUUUGAAAAAGCAAAGACAAAAUAUUCUCCUUUUUGUAGCUUUUUAGGAAUUGUUUUUUCCAGUGGUUCCAAAUAGUUUUAAUUCACCCUCAAGUCACUGUUGUUGUAAGAUAACACCAUUAUCAAUUUGCAUUUCUGUGUAAAGUAACAGAACAGUGUAUAUUUGGGUAAUUCAAAACAUUUUAAGAUAUCCUCAGAUGAUUGUACUUCCUGUAUUUCCAGUCCAGUUUAGGGACGACGGUGAGAUUUGUUGUCUUUCUUUUUUUUAAGUUUUGGCUUGCUCAACUUUAAAUACAGUCUAUACCGAAUGAGUGAAAUCCUUUAAUCGAAUUUUUACGAGUAUUUACUGUAGCCGUAGCUCAGAGUGCACUGUGAUAUCUCUGUUAGCAGUGAUCAAUGUGCCAAUUAUUCAAGCAUUUAAUAAGUUAGUCACGAGAAAUUGCUUUAUGUAUAUUUGUGCUUAGAUUUUUAUUCACAAAAUCCAGUAUUAUACUAUUCACAGAACAAACGGACAUCAAACGUGGCGGGAUUGUGCUGCGAUUGUUGUUUCACAGAAGGAUUUCCAGUGUGCGUCUGUAAACGGGAGUCACGUACAGACGGUUGCCUUUGCGUUACAGUUUUUUCACUAUAUUCUAUUUCUAAGCUGCGAUGAACUAACGGACUGUUUUGAAUGUCGACCCUUUAGACCUGCUUGUCCGAUAUUAUUUUAUUUUUGGGGUAUUUUUGCUACAGACGGGGCAGACAAACACUGUAGUAGCACAUGUUUAAACAGUUCAUUUUACUGUCCAGAUUGAAAACUCUCAGCUGGCUGAGUGUGGGACCUGCAGGAUUCACUGUGCAUCGAAAAACGGACACUUCCAACAUCAGUAAUUAUCAAACUGUGACGGCGAUGGCGAUGGUGAUGGCGUUGCACCCUGCACUCAUCACAAAUGGCAGUUUUAAUAUCAGUUUAACAUAUUUUGGUAUUGUAUGCAUGCUGGAGACUGCGCUGGGGCAAACACAGCAACUUUUACACAGCACUUGAGUGUAAUCCAACCUGUUUGAACGUUACAAGAUGGAGUCAAGUCGUAUGUGCAAUAUAUGUAUUAUUUUGCCAUGUUUUAUUUGUGUUGUUUUUUUAUGUAUGUUUGUAUUUUCCCCUCGUUUGCUUUUCAAUGACGUGUCCGUACGGAUUUAAACACACGACCUGCACUUACCCUCUGACGUACUCUCCAGGUAGAAGUGAAGAUUAGUAUUUGGUUAUUAUGAAACAAAAAACCAAAACGUUCUUCCUCUGUAGGCUGAUAUUAUGAUCCUUUACGUGUUUAUAGUGGCUCAUAGGCCGAUGUUGUCGUUGACUGGUACUUUUAUGUCUUUUGUGAAACGAGAGGCCGAUACAUGUUUACAACGGGCUUUUCAGCAAUCUGAUUGUUACACUUUCCUUCGACGGUAUUUGCUGUACUAGUAAACAUUCUAUUUGGGUAAUUUAAUGUCCCCAAACGUUUAUCAUCAUUCUACAAACAUUAAAUGACCUGGAAUUUGAGACAACAGCUGUGAAUUUGAUUUGGGGGCUGACAGACUGUACACAAAACAGUUUAUUAUGAUUCUGUGAGCGUUUGUAAUCUUACCUUUACCUGUACUUUAGGCAUUGUUAAUAACACGCUUUAGAUUUGGACUCUUUCCACACACGACCCAGUAUUCUCCAGUCCAUGUGCGGUGCUUUGUUGCAUGCCAUUGAUGCCUAUAUUGUAUUUUCUUGUUUGUCUUUUUUAUUGUUCUACCAAGUGGCGGGUAUGCCUACCUUAAACCUUCAGCGACGCUUGUUUACACUUGGAAAACAUCUAAACCUGCCCCUCCAUUUUUGAUUUUCCAUUUCGGAGUUGUGUUAUUCUCCAGCAUGCAUUACGCCUCCACUGUACAGGAACGUUGUAAAUACAAAUCCACGUGGACAUAUGUAAAGGGGGAUUUUAAAUGUCGGGUGGGAAGAAUAUAUGUAAAUAUAUGUAAAUUAUUAUUAUAUAAUUAUAUUACUACUCAAUGUGUGCAGUUACAUUGAAUGUGUGUUCCAGCUCCCCUUUGAUAUUUGACAUAAUCAUCACAAUAUUCUCAGCCUGAAAUAUCAUAGGAACAAGUCGACAGUACAGCAAACUACAGUUAAAGUCAAAGGGGAGGGACAAGAGCAGUUAUUUUAUUAUGCAUUCUGUUUCUAAAGUAGACAAACCCCUAUUGAUGUAAAACUAGUACUGUGACAAUGUUGAGAACACAAAAUAAAGUCAAAUAAAUAAA